CAUCAUACCCUGCCUCUUCCAUCCUCUGCUACACGUUUGAUGUUCUUCCUGCUGGAAUUUUUCAUCGUCUUGUAGCAACAUGUUCGCAAAUUCCCUGGGAAAUUGUGACAGAGAGAGAUAGACUAUGUAUAUACCAAACAGCAGCCGUUUUCUUGUUUAAGGAACAUAACAUAUUGCUUGGAAUGACUACCAGGGAGAUUCAGUUACAGGUUUUUGCUAUUGAAGGCGAAGUUGAGAUUUCAAAAUGCCAGGAAAUUAAGGCAGAAAUAGACCGUAUGCUUAAUGUUCUUUCCAGAACUUUCCAGACUGACUUUUUAUUUACACUUGGGUUUAAAUGCAAAACUACAGGAUUUUGUGAUAGCCAAGAAAGUUUUGUGAUCAAUGAAUCAGAAUUUACAAAGGCAACCUUUCAGUGUCCUUCCUGUCCAAUAGGGAGAAAGCACAAAAUCAACUCAAAGAAUAUCACGAAAUAUUUUACAAAGGUACAUGAUGAUGAAGCUGAGCCUUCGGAAGAUAAAAGUAUAUCUAAAAGUUCACCAUUAGGGGGUGCUGGACCAAGUGAGUCACAUCAAAAAGAUAAUAUUGCCAAGAUAUUAAAGUUGUUACAAGUUGGAACUGAUGCAGUAAGAAUCUGCUUCGAUAAAUUCUUCCCAAAAGAGGAUUUAGAAAAGACUCUGAAAGACAAUGAAACAGACCUGAGAAGAGGGCGGUUCCGAUUCCUACCACCUCAACUGGAGAUUCUCUUCCCAAAGCAAGGUGGAUCUAACACUGGUGUUUCAUCUUUAUCUUUGGACGUUACCAUCAUGUAUAAAUUGUUGAGAAAUUUCUCUGACAUUGCUCCUCCUGGGAAUGAAUGGGGAAAAGAACCUAGAAUAGUGGACAUCACAGAGAGUGACGACAUAGAAAGAAUCCGUUUAUAUAGAAAUAAAUAUUGUCAUGAUCCAGGAAGUAGCCCUGUCCUAAGUGAUGAUGUUUUUAACAUAAUCUGGGCUGAUCUUUCUAAGGCCAUUCUAAGACUCAGUGGUGGUGUUUUGAGGAGAAGGAUUAGUGAAAUAUAACUGAGUGGAUAUUAAAAUUUGACAACAUAGACUUGACAACAAGAAUCACAUCUAUAAGAAAAAAAAUGUUUCAUGAUGGUUUUAAGUCAAAUUCAUGUAAAGAUUGUGCAAUAUUUUAUAGUGCUUAAUAUUUUACCAAAAUCAUAUUCAUUUUCCAAUGACAACAUAAUGUAAAAUACCCUUCAUGGAUAAUAGUUUGAGAUUGAAUUUACAUUUCUUUUACUAUAAAAUGGUAUUUUACAUAUUACUUAUCCUAUCCCUGGAUUUUAUUAUCUAUAUCUUUGUUUUUAUUGACAAUAUAUCAAUAGGAUUGGAGACAAGUUCCAAUCCAACUAGAUACUGUCGUGGGACAGUUAUACCCGCACUAAGGUGUUUGCCUAUAAAUACACAUUCUUACAUCUUGGGCGGUUUCCAAGGAAAAGUCAAAAUAAUUCUAUAAUUUACAUGUAUUUGUCAAAUUGAGUAUGAAAUGCUCAGUCCCUGUGACCAUGUGACAUAUGACUCAGAAUUUCUUACAUGUAUUUUACAUGCUUAAAACAUUACCAGUUUGAAUUUAAUUAAUUAUAUAAAUUAGAUUUUUUGAUUUUGAUAAAUGUUUUGUUCAUAAUAGGACCUUUUUAAAUUUACUAAUACCCCCCCCCCCUUCGACACCAAAAACACACGCCACAUACUUUUCUUUGGAAUAGGCUUGAUGUAAAAGUUAUGUUAAAACAUCGUUUGUUAUGAAUUAAUUAAAAAUCUGUUCUUGUACUUUACGUGUUAACAUGUAAACACCUUUUAUUUGUACAUCUUAUUGUGUUGCGUCACCCAUUAUCAUAUUUUAAAAAAAAACGCCAUUCGGCACACCUCGACCGUUUCCUUCAUCUUCAUCUGAUAAGGCGAGGGAAUCGAACAAAGUUUGCUGAAUGAGGUAGCAUUAGCUUGUGCUGCAGUCUGAUGUGCAUUGGAUUAAUUCAUGUUCUGUUAUUAUUGGGUUAUACUUCAUGAAGUUGACAGGACCUAUGACAGUUGGUAAGUACAAGUUUCAGUAUAGUAGGGGUAAAAUAAACCAAAAUGAUUAGGUUAAAGUUUAAAAAAGAAUCAUAGAGAUCAUCGCUUGCCACAAUAGACGAAUUUCAUAUAUUGUGAAUUAAAUUAUUUCCCGUUAUCAAUGUGACAUUCAGUUGCUGUGAUUACCUGUGCAGAUCCAGAAUUUUUUCUUGAGUGGGGAGGGGGGUUCACAUCUCAAUCAAAAAAUUCAAGCCCAGAAUUACCUGACAAGCAGGAGAAAAAAAAUGAAAACAAAUAAACAAAAUAAAAGCAAUGAUAGUUGGGUCAUGGAGUUAAUUAAAUGAUUUUAUUUUGUUCAUGUGACCUAGAAGUUUGAUCUACUUGCAAAAAAAAAUAUUUUUUUUAAAUUUACCAUUUUAUAAGAGAAAAGUUAAGGCAAUCAAUAUUAUACAUGCAUAUAAUUAUUACCUAUGAUAAGACCUGUCCUAAUAAAUCAUGAAUUUUGACUCUGUGACCUUGACCUUGAAGUCUAACCUACUUUUCAAAAUUGUUGCAUUUUCUUAUAACUUUUGAUUGAGAAGAGAUAUGACUCUCACAUUUGACAUGUACAUUACCUAUUCAUUAGAAUUCAAGAUGUUUCCCAGCAAGCAAUGCUUUUUUACCCCUUGACGUUGAUAUUUUACCUAAUUUUCAAAAUAUUUAACUUUCCUAAGAGAUGAUUAGGAUUCUGAGUAAAAUUAAGGAGGAGUAAAGGGAAGACGGGGCUUUAUGCAUUAAAAAACACGUCAUUUCUCGACCCCCAUUUGACCCCCCGAGGAAAAAUCAAAAUUCCAAAACUUUACUGCAAAUCUACAUGACAUCACCAACCAUCUCCCAAAAUAUGAUUAUAUAGGCAAUUUGUAAAAUGUAGGAGUUCAGGAAAGACGGGGCUUUUUGCAUAAAAACGUCAUUUUUCGACCCCAAUUUGACCCCGGAGCAAAAUUAAAAUUCCGAAACCUUAAUGCACAUCUAUAUGAUACCACCAACCAUCUCCCAAAAGAUCAGGCUUAUGUGUAAAAUGUAGGAGUUCAGGGAAGACAGGGCUUUUGGCAUAAAUAACAUUAUUUUUCGGCCCCCAUUUGACCCCCCUCCCCCGGGGGCAAAAUUAAAAUUCCAAAACCUAACUGCACAUCUGCUUGACACCAUUAACCAUCUCCCGAAAGAUGAUUAUGCUUAUGUGUAAAAUGUAGGAGAAGUUCAGGGAAGACGGGGCUUUUAGCAUAAAAACUAGAUUUUUCGACCCCAAUUUGCCCCCUCGGAGCAAAAUCAAAAUUCCAAAACCUUACUGCACAUCUACAUGACACCACUAACCAUCUCACAAAAGAUGAUUAGGCUAAUGUGUAAAAUGUAGGAGGAGUUAAGGGAAGGAAAGUGUGACAGACGAACGGAAGGACAUGAUUAACAACAAUAUAUCCAAACUUUCUUUAGAAAGUGCGGGUAUAAAAACUGACAUAGUCUUCUACCAUCUAUAUCUUUAUGUGUUGGAUAAAUGCCAAAUACACUUCUAACGGACCUCAAACUGUCUGAUAUUUUUUUAAAGACAGAAUUGUAUGAGGCAUAUAUCGUACUUAAAACAUUGCUUUUGAUUUAUCUGAGACAGUCCGAUAUUAAAACAAAAGACAAAGAUGUUAAUGACCACUGAGUCAAUUCUUUUGAGAAUGCAAGCAUAAAUAAAAAAAGUAUUCAGUAUUUAGGGAUUUGGCUACACUGAACAAGUAUUUGAAAGAAUUUGAUAAGGAGAGUGGGUCAAAAUUUUCCUUCAUUAAAUCAUACACAGAGAUUAGGGCAUUAGAACUAAUCAUCAUACAGACAAUCUAGUGAAUGAUGAAUUUGGAAUGAAAUGGAAAAUGCCGAUAUGUCUUGUGUAUUAAUAAAAAAUAUUAAUGCUAUAAUCCAGAAAAUUAAGUGUAAACAUGUUCAAAAGCAAAACAUACACAAUAUAUUGUCAGUACUUGCAAAUGUGGUGAGCAGACUUUCGCGAUUGAAGAAACCAGUGAACCAAAACACCAAACAAUAACAGAGCUUAGUCCUGUUUUACAAAAAAAACUAGAGGUACUGUGAGCGAUGAGCUCACUAAAUGAUACCCCCCGCCUCCCAUAUGGUUAUAAC